UCAGCAGGCGGCGCUGAGUCUCUGACUGCGGUCUGAUUCAGUGAAGCAGCAGCAGGAACUCUGGCGACUCGCCGUUAUUGUUGAACAGGAGCUGGAGCAGAGCUGCUGAGAUGCCACCAGAGGAGGAGGACAUCAGGCUGCUGAAGCCAGACGAGAUUAAACAUGAGGACGUGGAGGAGCCGUUCUCUUCCCCUGUAGAGUCUGUGGAGGGUUUUAAAGAAGAGAGUCCUCUCCACGAGAGCGUUGAGACUGGGGAAAAGACGUUCCAGUGCUCAGAGUGUGGGAGGGUUUUCAACCGGCAGAGCAGUCUCACGCGACACCAGCGCGUUCACACUGGAGAGAAGCCGUAUCCCUGUACGGAGUGUGAUCGGAGCUUUACUGACAAAGAUACUCUAAAAAGACAUAAGCGGGUUCACACCGGAGAGCGGCCGUAUCAGUGCUCCCUCUGCGAGAAGAGCUUCAAAUCCAGCGACACUCUCAAAAAACACCAGUUUAUUCACACAGGGGAGAAGCCCUUUUACUGUUCGCUCUGUGGAGGACGGUUUACUAGAUACAGUAAUCUCCAGCAACACCAGCGCACUCACACCGGAGACAAACCAUACGUGUGUCCGGACUGCGGGAAGAGCUUUAAUCAGCAGACCAACCUCCAGACGCACCAGCGCAUUCACACUGGAGAGAGACCCUACCUCUGCUCGGAGUGCGGGAAGAGUUUUAGUGAUGGCAGUCACUUUAAAAAACAUCAGUUAAUUCACCAAAAAGAUGAGCUGCACGUCUGCCCAGAGUGUGGGCAGAGCUUUAUGCAGCUGGCCAGUUUCCAACAGCACCAGCGCACUCAUUUAGGCGACAGGCCGUACCAGUGUUUAGAGUGUGGGAAGAGAUUCACCCAACCAAAUGUUCUCAAACAGCACCUGCGCAUUCACACCGGAGAGAAGCCAUUCCAGUGCAGCUAUUGUGGGAAAAGCUUCAGUCACCGGAGCAACUUCCAGGAACACCAGCGCAUUCACACUGGAGAUAAACCGCAUCAAUGCUCAGACUGCGGCAAAGGUUUUAUUCGACCAGGUGAUCUCCUAAAACACCAGCGGGUUCACACCGGGGAGAGACCAUUCCAGUGCAAUGAGUGCGGAAAGAGCUUUACUCACCGGAGUAACUUCCGUCUGCACAAGCGCAUUCACACUGGAGAUAAACCGUAUCACUGCACGGAGUGCGGGUUGAGUUUCAGUCGACUUGGUGCUCUCCAGGAACACCAGCGAGUUCACACGGGUGAGAGGCCGUAUCUCUGCACGGUCUGCGGGAAGAGCUUUCAUCGGCGAAGCAGUUUCCGGCUACACAAGCGCAUUCACACCGGGGAGAAGCCGUACCAAUGCUCAGAGUGCGGGUUGAGUUUCACCCAGCUGCAUAAUUUUCAGCAACAUCAUAGAGUUCACACCGGAGAGAGGCCGUUUUACUGCUCAGACUGCGGCAAGACCUUCAAGUACUCGAAAGGUUUAAGGACGCACAAGUGCAUUAAACCAGAGGCAAAUAAUUCUGUCACUGUGGUUCUGGAGCCUGAUCAAAUUGAGGGAGAAGACCACACUCUGGAGUCCCCUGGGAGUCCACACCCCCAGACUCCAAUCACAGCAGGAGAAGAGAAAGAGUAUCCGGAUGCAACAGUUUUGUCACUGAAAAUAACCCCGAGAGACCAAAGUCAUCUCAUCAAUGCUAACAGAGGAAUGCUGAAACUAGGAGAGAUUAAAUGUGAGGAUGAGGAAGAGACGGGAGAAAUCUCCUGUUCUCAGCAGACGUUCUCAGCAGGCGAUACCAACACAUCUCCAGGACUCCCAGAGGAGGACGCCAGCGAGGACAGAACCGGACACUGCUCAGAGCCUGAGGACGGUUUGGAGCUACAACAGCAGGUCUGCCCCGGAGAGAAGCCGUACCAGUGCUUAGAGUGCGGGAAGAACUUCACCAGACAGAGCAGCCUCUACGUCCACCGGCGCAUCCACACCGGAGAGAGGCCGUACUGGUGCUUAGAGUGUGGCCGAGGCUUCACUCAGCACAGCAAUCUCCAAAAACACGAGGUCACCCACACAAAGGAGAAGCCUUAUCUGUGCUCAGAGUGCGGGAAGAGCUUCACGGAGAAAGGUACCCUCACCAAACACCAGCGCAUUCACACCGGAGAGAAGCCCUACAGCUGCGUGGAGUGCGGGAGGACAUUCCGCCUUCACGACACUCUGCAGCAGCACCAACGCACCCACACUGGCGAGAAGCCCUACCAGUGCUCAGAGUGCGGCAAGAGCUUUAACCACCGCGCCACUUUCCAGAGACACCAGCGCGUCCACACAGGAGAGAAACCCUACCAGUGCUCGGUGUGUGGAAAGAGCUUUAACGAAGGCGGACACAUGCGGAGACAUCAGCGCGUUCACACUGGAGAGAAACCGUAUUACUGCGCAGAGUGUGGGAACAGUUUCAAGUACUCCAAAAAUCUAAAGGCACACCGGUGUGUACAGAGGGAGGACGAUAACUCUAUAACUGUGGUUCUCGAAACCUAGAACUGCUGACACAAGCCGAAUGAAAACUUAUGUGGAUUUAAAUAUUGGUGUGUUAUAACAGAAGAUUUUUUAACUACACUACACUAGGAGUGGUCUUUGAUCCAAUUUUGGUUCUAUAAAGAUUCAUGAUUCAGUAUGAAUUUAUUUGGAUGGUCCAUUAUAGAUGCCUUGUAGAUACUCACCAAAUAUUCAAGUAAAUGUUAAUUAAAUGCAUCUAAACCAACCUGAAUCUAAUCCAAACCUUACCAAAAACCUUAAAUCCAGUGGCGUGCAGUUAAUAUAGUGGGUACCCCUUCUGCAAAACCCCACCCCCACCGACCUACGAGGAUAGAUGAAUAUUACAAUAACUACAUAUUCUCUGUCUUGACUUGUUUAUACGAACUUAAUACACCUUAACAGCCCACAAACACAGCUACAAAUAAGAAAAAUUUACAAUAAACCACAAUAAAGUACAACCAUUCAUCAAAGAUCACUAAUUUGUAGGGCUACAGUACGCCAGGGCAGCCAAAACAUUAAGUACACACAAAAACUCACCAGUCAGGCCACCUAUAAUUGUGAAUUAGUUUCACAUUGAAAGGCAGUCCUGAAAAAGGCUUUUAAAUUAGAUAAAACACAAUAUCUGUCUCAUUUGCCGUUUUACAACUAACCAAUGCUUAGCACCUUCAUCAGAAUGCUGAGAGGGGGUUAGACAGCCAUGACCCGGCCCUGUAGUGAAAAUCAUGAAUCUGAUUGGUUAGAUUUUCCUACAACUUUGCUAACAGACUCAUUACUACACCCUUCACAAAAUCAGUAGAAGGGCCAUGCAGACCAAGGAGGCAGAAGCCAUUUAAAAAGCAGUUUGGAUUGGUUAGUACUGCUGUCAGUCAGAUAUGCGUCCUAUAGCAACUAAAAAAGCAGAGUAAUGCUUUGUAUAAGUUGCUGUUUUUUUAAUUUAGUUAAUUAAGUAAAUAUAUGUUUUAUAUGUAUAUAGUUUACAAUAACUAUAAUAUAUAUUUCCUAAUCAAAUAUUAUAUAAUGAUUUACAUGCACCUAUUGUCGCCCCUUCUCUGAAGGGUUAGAAGAGUGUUACUGCACACCACUGCUUAAAUCUAACCUUAUAUACCUAAUGGCGGGUAUACACUUUGCGAUUUUUGGCAAAUUUUGAGCCAAUUUUUCUGUUUGUUUGACAAAUUUCAUCAAGUUGAGUUUCGAUUAACACGUCACAAUCAGCUCUCUAUCAGCAAUAGUAUGAUCACAAGAAAAUCAAACCUGUAUGAAAUUCUGGUAACCCCUCGUGAGAGUAUUGCACUGUUAAACAGUUCCGUAAGCCGAAUUGCCAAGGCUAUGUGUUUCCCUUUGUUGAACAUUUCUCACAUUUUGGGGGUGUCGCUAGCCCUGUUUUAGUCAUGUUUUUCAGUUUUUUUAAACAGAAGUUUGUCUCUGACAGGGCUAAAAACAAAGUUUAAAUCUUAAUAACUAGAUCAUUCAACAGAAUUUAGGAACGAAAAUAUAGCAGUCUUCCCUUCCCUUGACUCGAUUUUUCUCUUCACGCUGCAUUGUCGUCAUCAGCAAACCGCACUCUUUACAUUGUUAUUGUAUUUAUAUUAAAGCCAGUUUGCUACACUAGUGCUGUCUGUAUGUGUAUCAGAUAUUGCUCCCACAGAUAAUGUGGAAGGAAUGUUUGAUAAAAAUACGUAAAAUGUGCUCCCAAGAGUGAAGUUUAAAAUGGAAAUAACACGCCUAUCCUCUGUGCAUAAUAGUUUGUGUGUUUGAUUUUAAUCUAAAUUAAUUUAUUUCUUCUGAUAUGACCCAUGUACCCCUCCUGGAACUCUCCCCAAGUUUACUUACAGUCCAUAGUUUUUUUUUUUUUUUAAGUGGGUGGUGCAACUCAAUUCGUUGGGUGCUCAGAACCUCAGAACUUUUUACCCUCUGCUCACAUUCACUUUUGAGGGUCUCCCAUUUCUGGGUUCUUCUUCUUCUUCUUCUUUUUACAUCGCAGUUUCGGAUACAAAAGUCAAGUGUGUUGUAUACAGACAUUCUGUGUAAACAGUCAGGUUGCCUCAAACCAUUGCGUCAUACAGUUAGAGAUAGAGCUAAUUUAAAUGACUGAAAAUAACACAGUAUAUGGCGAGCUUAACCCUAAAAGAUUAUGGUUAAAGUAGGAUUAGAGCUAGGUUUAACAUUCAGUAGUAGCAUUUACAUUUAACUUAAACUUCAGUAACAUUUAAUAUACAUUCUGCUGAAUCUUAGUUGAGCAUCUCCGAGGCAUCCACAAUGGACCAUCCAAAUAAAGUGAUACCCAUGAUUGUAAUGUAAGUGAGUGUUAAGAACUUUUUUCAUUAAGUAAAGGUUCUUAAGACUUCAAAAUGGUUCAAACAUGGUUCAUUUGUGGCAUUGCUCCAAUAACCAUGUGAGGCACCUUUAUUUUUUAAAGGUUCGUUCACAUCUGUAAUAGACUUUAUCUGGUCCAUAUCAUGUUUAAGUUUGUAAACGUGGAGCAUUUCCCUUUGGUUUGGGUCAGGCUUAUUUGGAUUUGUUUGGUUACACACAGAAAAUGCACCAAAAUGCAUCACAACAAACCACAUGAAAUCAGAUCUGUGUGGGCGUGAUUAAUAAAAUAAAUACGGAAAAGGUUCCCGUGUUUCGGACUGCAGAGUACUGCUAAUAGUUAUGGCAGUUUAAGUUUGGAUUCUGAGCACAAACAAACCACUACAGAGUUGGUUUGGUACCACAUCAAGAUCACCUUUUGAGAUUACUGCAUUCAUACCUGGCCAGACUAAUCACACCAAGGGUAAAAAUUAACCAGACCAGUGCAGGUGUGAAAACGCACAAGAGUGUAGAAGAAAAAAUCAACCCAAUGAAUUGAUUUGAACUUCCUGGACACUUCUGCUGCUUGUAAUGAAGGAUUUUAACACUAUAAGAAUAACAUCUCUUCUCUGUUUACUGUGUUGUACGCGGUGCCUGUAAAAAUGAUCAUUUCACCCCAGUUUCACAAAUCCAUAAAAAACCCAACAGUUUG